AUGAUCUGGCAAUCAAUAAUACCAUUUUCAAUUAUAUUAGCUCUUACAUUAAAAUCUGCAUCUUGCUAUUAUAUCACUGUUGAUGCUCAUUCGGAAGAAUGCUUUUUUGAAAAAAUGACAUCUGGUACAAAGUUUUUAUUGUUAUUCGAAGUUAUUGAAGGCGGUUUCUUGGAUAUUGAUGUCAAGAUUACGGGGCCAGAUAACAAAGAAAUUUAUAAAGGUGAUCGUGAAUCAAGUGGAAAAUCUACAUUUACAGCACCUAUGGAUGGUACUUACACGUUAUGUUUUGGUAAUACAAUGUCAACAAUGACACCAAAAAUGGUUAUGUUUUCAGUGGAUCUGGGAGAAACACCCAAACCCGAUGUAGGUGUACCAGGCGCCGAUAAUGCAACAAGUUAG